UUCUGGUGGAAUGCAAAACCUUUUCCACGGUGGCAAAGAAAGGCAACCAUCUCCGUGUUUUCCAUCCGCAGUCUCCUAACCAUCAGCAAAAACCCUUUUGGAAACCCUAAUUCUGGGUUCUGUGAAGUCGGUCGCGCCCCCUCUCAGCCUCUGUUCUUUUCCAUGCAACCAAAAGCUACUGCUCUGCGUUCAAGGAUGGGAGAUGACAAGGAGGAUCUCUGCUUUGUGGAAGAAAGAGAAGCGGAAAUGGUGGCCUAUGCCGGCUCAUCCGAGCCCUAUAAGAGGAGUGGGUACUUUCUUAAUCCUAUUUCAACCAACGCUCAUGAAACCCAAGAAUCUCUAUCGUCUCCUCCUCAGUGCACAAUCACUCUUGCCCCUUGUGCGACUUCGACGGUUCACUUCAAAGGUUGGGCUUGCCCGCAGCGCCAAUGGGGGAAGUGGGUUGAGAAAUUGCAGCCAAUUUAUGAAGAUUUGUGGAAGAAGGCUGGCAUCUUUAACGCCAUCAAGUCUUCAACCUACAAAAUUAGGCGAGAACCAUCUUCCAUUUUGGGUGCAGCGGCCUUCUGGUGUGAGGCGACCAACACAUUCCUCUUACCGUGGUCGGAGGCCACCAUAACUCUGGAGGAUGUGAUGAUUCUCGGAGGUUUUCCUGUUAUGGGAGAACCCUUGAAGAAAAGAGAACCAUUCGAGGGAGAUCUGCAAGAACUGGAGAAAGCUAUGAUUGUUGAGCACAGGAAGUUCAACAAAACAAAAUGGCGGAAGGCAGACCAGACGUUGUGGACGAGGCAGUUCAUGGAAAGGGAGGGCGAUGAACUGGAGCACAUUGGUUUCCUUUCAUUGUGGCUUUCAAGGUACGUUUUUCCUAGACAUCCCGACGGAAUUGUGGGGCAGUAUGUGAUACCGAUUGCAGUCCGUCUCUCUCGAGGUGUUAGGAUCUCAAUUGCCACUGCAGUCCUUGCUAGUCUUUACCGGGACUUGCGCAUAUUGAAAGAUUAUCUUCACCGAAAUGGUGGUGGGGAGGAAGCAGCACAGUUGGUUUUAUGGGCACCUUUUAGUAUAUUACAGAUGUGGUUAUGGGAGAGAUUUGUUGCUCUGAGGCCAGAGGUGCUGAAUUAUGUAAAUUCUGGUGAACCACGGGUGGCAAGGUGGCAUGAUGCUACUAAAAAGCUGGAGCUAUCAUUUGUAAUAUCAGUUCUUGUAUUACCAGACAGCUUCCAGUGGCGACCUUAUGCAAUUAGUUUGGACAGUUGGCGCAUGCCUUCUUUCUACAAGGAAAUGGGUGAAUGGGUUUGCAGUAGUGCUUGUGCUGAUGAUGAGUGUGGGUCCUUUGCGAGGUGCUUGAGGCCAUGUGAACUGGUUGGGCUAGAUUGUAUUGAGCAAUAUCUUCCUCAUUGGGUGGCCAUGCAGUUUGGGUUGGAUCAAGAUAUACCAGAUGCUAUAACCAGAUCCAACUCAUCAUGGGAGGCAGCCUGGGACAGUUUUGAUACUGCCAAAAUGUUGAAGUUCUUUGCCCCACCUCGGCUUUACGAGUCAGAUGUCACUGCACGGUAUUCAGUCUGGUGGAAAAACCACAGGGUGAACUGUUCUAAUGUGGUUAGAGUUGUCGCAGGUCCAUGUGUGCCUAUGAAGGCUGCAAAGAAAUCAGAGAAGGAAAUUUCAGAAAAGUCAAGUCAGAAUAUUGAAUUUCUGACCAAGGAGGUGGAGUUGCAAAAUAAGGAUGAUUUUGCAUUAGUUCAUAAUGCGAGUGAAAAGGUUUGCAAAAGAAAAGCUUUAAGUUGCUUAAAGCCUUUAGAAGCCACAGCUGAGGGGGAAACCCAUAGUAAACUGAAGCUAUCUGUGAAGGGUUGGAAGAAGCUAAAACAAGAUGCCAAAGCUUCUAGGAAGAGUAAAACAGAGAAGAAAAGACGGUAUUUAAAAGAUUUUGCUUUUGAUUUAGCUGGAGAUGUGCACAGGGAAACUCUGGGUGACAUUGAUGGGAAGGAAGCUGAUGAUUUUGCACUCAACCCGGCUUUAGAGUUUGGAGAAACUACAGUCCCUUCAUUAUUCAGAACACAAAAAAGAGGAGAAUUUAUAGGAUUGAUUAGCGAAGAUUCACAGCUGGAAAUGCAAAUUAAAGCACUCAAGAAGGAGAUUUCUGAGAUCCAAGCGAAAUUGAUGAAUCUGGAAUCUCUUCAAGAUGAGCAAUCUAAGUCUGAAGUAUCUUCUUCUGAUGAAUAGGUGCAAUGGUCUUGCUCAGAGGCAACUUCUUGCAUUGUAAUUAAGAAUGCUUUUUUGUUUUGUUUGAAUUGCCCUAAUUAAAAGAAAAAAAGAAGUAACAAAAGAAGCCUAUUGUUUUGGACAUAGCAUCUUUGUUAUUUGUUGGAGCGAUGGAAUCAAAGUUAGCUUGCAUAUUUCUGAUACAUCCAAGUUUAUCAUUCAUUUAGGAUAUCAAAUUUGAUUGAAAACCUGUUGCAUCAUGGCUAACUUUCCUGGGUUUGAGUGGAUGUAUCCAUAUCUUUUUUGUAAAUUGAUAUUUUGGGGCCCGAUGCUGCCCAGGAGUGCUCUGUGAAUUUGGUGUCCGUGGUUUGGUAGCCUCUCUGUUUAGGAACUAUGCACUA